AUGACUUCAGAGCCUCUGCCCGCGCCUCUCAAGAUUCCCGAGGUCAGCCGGUUCAUCAACCGCGCAAACCAGCUGCGCACAAUCAAACCCGCCAUAGCAUAUUGGUGCGAGUACCAUGCCGUCAACCAAAUCGUGACCAAGAGCCUACACACCACCGACGACGAUUGCUUCGCAUACACGAAAAGCCUGAUUGAGCGCCUGGAAGCUACCAAGAUUGAACGCGCAGAGGAUGAUGCAAUUGUCGAUAAUACCGCCGGACAGGCGUACGUGGAGCAAUUUGCGCAAGAGACGUUUAGUCGCGCCGAGAGAACCAUGAGAGCCAACAAGGUCACAAGACAAACGGCAGAUACCUUCGACGCAGCCGCCACAUUCUUCGACCUCACUCACGAAUGGGGCACCCCCGAGCCCGACAUCCUCAAAAAGAUCAAAUUCGCAAAAUGGAAUGCCGCUCGCAUUCUCAAAGCCAUUAGAGAAGGAAAAGAUCCCAACGAGACGAAUCCUCAAAUUCAAGAAGAGGAAGAGCUGGAGCUUCUCAGCCCGCCUGCUGCUCCCCAGCAAAUCAAGAGCCCACCAGCUGCGUCUAUAGAAGAUGUGCCCGAUGCUGGAGAACCAGCUGAACCAGCUCAAGAGGGCUACUUCCCACCAACGUCAGCCAACCCCGAACCAUUCGUUCCGUCACCAUUAAGCCAGAGCCCCGGCCCUUCGGCAUCAGAAAUGCACCCUCCAGCACAGGUGUCGCCCGUCCCAUCGCCAGAACCGCAUAUCCCACCACAACAAGUCCCGCCACAGCCUUCACCCCAAAUACCAACGAAGCUACCAUCCCAAUUCGCGCCGCCUCCUCCUGAACCAUCUGCCCCGAGCCCUCAACCUCUGUGGGACAACACACCUAGCGUUCCACCGUCCAUAUCACCUCCAGCACCUACGCAGCACUAUGCACCUCCUCCUGUUGCGUCGGCCCCGAUUCCCGUCCGCCAAACGCCAUCUCAACCACCGAGUGUGCCCUCGGGAUACACCCUGAACCACAAGAGUAUAGAACAGGCUCAGAAGCAUGCCAAAUGGGCUAUAUCGGCGUUGAACUUUGAAGAUGUGCCUACAGCUGUUCAGGAGUUACGGAAUGCGUUGGCAAUGCUGGGUGCUCAGUGA